AUUGAGCAGUAUUUUAACAGUGGAAUUUCUAUAUCGCUCUAUAAUUGGUGUAUUGAGCACUAUUUUAACAGUGGAAUUUCUAUAUCGCUCUAUAAUUGGUGUAUUGAGCACUAUUUUAACAGUGGUAUUUCUAUAUCGCUCUAUAAUUGGUGUAUUGAGCAUUAUUUUAACAGUGGAAUUUCUUUAUCACUCUACAAUUGA